CAGACCGCGAGGCGGCGGAGGAGGGGGAGAUGCCCGGGGCCGCCGCCGCCGCGAUGCUCCCGGCCCAGGAGGCUGCCAAGCUGUACCACACCAACUAUGUGCGGAACUCGCGGGCCAUCGGUGUGUUGUGGGCCAUCUUCACCAUCUGCUUUGCCAUCGUCAACGUGGUGUGCUUCAUCCAGCCCUACUGGAUCGGCGACGGCGUGGACACCCCGCAAGCCGGCUAUUUCGGGCUCUUCCACUACUGCAUCGGCAACGGCUUCUCCCGGGAGCUGACCUGCAGGGGCAGCUUCACGGACUUCUCCACGCUGCCCUCGGGCGCCUUCAAAGCCGCCUCCUUCUUCAUCGGCCUCUCCAUGAUGCUCAUCAUCGCCUGCAUCAUUUGCUUUACCCUCUUCUUCUUCUGCAACACGGCCACGGUGUACAAGAUCUGUGCCUGGAUGCAGCUCACCUCCGCUGCCUGCCUUGUGCUUGGUUGCAUGAUUUUCCCCGAUGGCUGGGAUUCAGAUGAAGUAAAACGGAUGUGCGGAGAAAAGACAGACAAGUACACUCUCGGGGCAUGUUCAGUGCGCUGGGCCUACAUCCUGGCUAUUAUUGGAAUUUUGGAUGCCCUGAUCCUGUCGUUUCUAGCGUUCGUGCUUGGUAACCGACAAGACAGCUUGAUGGCAGAGGAACUGAAGGCAGAAAACAAAGACGAUGGAAAUGCUUAAGGCAACUAAGUUCUGCUAAGCCAAUAUUCUCUAGAAUGAGCACAAAAUGAAUCGAAUAACAGCUUUUGUACAUCAACAUCAAGAAAGAAAACACUUGGGAGAGAUCAGAGUCCGAGAUGAAUAUAGACAACAGUGAAGCAUCCACUCAUCAAAGCACCUUCUAAACAUAGAUCUGCAGAGAUGGGCUGAUUUUCAGAAAGAGAGGUGACCAUGGAUUAAACACCAGCUCAUUGGAAACUGUCACUGGAAAAGAUCAGAUAAUACUCAUGAAAAAUCAUAUUCAGGAAACAUCAUAAGUAAAAGGAAUAUAAUUGUGCUAGAAUUAACAUAUAAAAUACAUAUUACUGAGGUUUGUAAACUGUCCUUUUUUAAUCAAGCCAAAAACAAAAAGCUUUAAUCUUUCAAUAUUAUUACAAAAAAAGGGGCAAUUAGUUCUAAAUUAUUCCUGUCUCAGUAGCCAAGAAGCUGAUCAAGUGUCAUUUAUUGAGGAAGCAGCUUAGAAAAUGCCUCUGACCUUUUGUUCUCCAUCUCUACUGUUCAUUUAAUUCGCUGUGUAAUUAAUUACAACCCCUCAGUUGUUAAGAAAUGCAACAUUUCAAACUUUUUACCAAGUCUGUGUUCAGGUGAACCUGUCUGUAGAAGUUACUAUUGAGGGCUGGGGAUUUAGCUCAGUGGUUCCACCGACUGCUUUGCAAGUGCAAGGUCCCAAGUACCUAAAAAUUAAAAAAAAAAGUCACUACUGAGAAAGUGUUUCUGACAUGUAGUAUUAUUCCAUCAAGCUAUAUAUUCCAGGAAGUACAUCUUGACAUCCUAGGUUCCCAAGCAAGCAACAGAUUUCUCUAUCUUUCAGGAAACAGCAUCAAGGAACUCUGAAAAAUAUAGAAAAUUUGUUUGUACCUUGGAUGCUCACAUGUAAUAUAUAAGCUGCUAACAAAUACCUUUUUCUAAUUCUCCCUAGCAUAUGCAUAGGAAUUUAAUACUUUAUAGAUAACUAAAGUAUCUGAUUUUUUUUCUAUUUCUUUGCCAUCCAUAUCAUCAGAAAUCUAUACCCUGUAUUUCUCUGACAGGCAUUUGCUUUUAUUUUUUUAAUUAUUCCAAUAAAAUUAUUUCUAAGUGAUAGUAAGUGGUACUAAUGAAAUAAAUACUAAUUUAAUAGCCUUAGAGAUAAAUGACUAUAUACUUACACAAGUCAAAGUAACUUGGUAGGAAUGUAACUUUUUAUUUACUAAUGUUGGUUUCAAAAUUCUCAGAUUAUUUUUUUCUUUUUUAGUUAGCUGGCAUUUGGAAGCAGUUACAAAAAAUCUAUUGUCUAUAUGGAUUUUUGUUCCCAGGGUUCCCCAACCAUCUCCUUCAUGGCAUUAUCUUACCAAUAGCCUACAACAGAGAAAUAGUUAAGAUCAAAAUAGUCGAUUGCCCGAGAAUGAACACAAGCUAAAAUGUACACACAGGAGUAUUCAGUGGAAGCUAACCUAUGUUCUACACUUGAGCCCGAAACAUGAAUGUACAAAUUGCCUUCAUUUUGGCUCAGAAUUCAGAUCAAAUUAGCAUAAAGCCCUAGACCAUCAGACUGUUGAUAACACAGACACAGCAGGGUUGACUUCUCUUACUGUUUCUCUUUUAGGCACAUGUUCGUGUUUUAGCCAGAUGUUUCUGGUACUGGUCAUGUUUUCACCAUAAAUGAGAUCAUUAAUCAAAUAGCUAAAGGUAUAUUACAGGUAGGCUCAUGUAAGUAAAACCAUUUUAUAAUGAUGUGGCUUUUUGAAAAAACUAAAGGAAUACUUAGAAUCUGUAGCAAAAGUAUUAGUCAUUCUGGAAAUUAUCUAUUGCUUUAAGUAUUAGCUGUCCGGUUGCCUUCAGAACACCCUACUUACUAAAUUUAAUUACACACAACUUUUCAAGAAUUCGUUUAUCUCUCUAAAACAGAAGCAAAGUGUUGACUUUCUCUAAUCCAUGUCAAUUACCAAUUCCAUCAGGAUACCUACAUCACUAAUAGUGGUGUUAGCAAAAAUGAAAAAGUACUUCCUAUCCACAUGCAAAUGUUUUUAAAAAACUGCUAUAAACCUAAGUGUCAUUUAGCAUUCCACAGUGCUAUGAAGAUGAGUCAUUGUUGAUGUACCAUUUGUACAUAGACAACACACAUGUAAAUCACUAAAUGUUAAUUAAGUACAAGAAGUAUGUUUUUAUCUUUUUAAAAAAAUGAAAAGUGAUUCCCUUUCUCAUUGUGUUCUGUUGUAUUCUGUCCAAAAGUUGUGUGUAAUUUUUUUAAGGUCCAGGAAAUAUAAAGAAAUUGUUGGAAUAUU